AUGCACAUAGCUGGAUUUUGCAGCAGAUUAAACAAGCAACAAAUAGUGCUACUCCACAGGUUAUUUUUACCGACGCGGACCCUGCCUUACUCUCCGCAAUACGUGAUGAGUUUCCAACUACAAACUCUCUUCAUUGCAUGUUUCACAUUGCUCAAAAUAUUCCUCUCAACUUGAAAAACCAUCUUAAAGACAAUUAUGAUGAGUUUAUUAAAGAUUUCUUCGAAGUACAACGAGUUAGCUUUGUUACAAUAUUCGAAUAUCGGUGGAAAUGUCUGCUUGAUAAGUAUAGUAAUGAGAAUGUAAUUAAUUACUUGCGACGGCUUUAUGCCAAAAAAUUAACAGCAUGUGUUCUCGAAGAAGACAAAAAAACAGAAUACGCUUUAUUUCGUGCGUCAGUUCCUAAAGCGGCUUUGGUUGCGACAGCUGAUAGUAUUCUUCCAAAUGUUUGUAAAAUGCUACGCAAGUAUCUAACUGUAGAAAUGCUUAAAAUUCAAGAAGAUCAAAUAAAACAAUCACUUCAAUAUCAUGCGACGAUAGUGGUUCAAGAAGAAUUGCAAAGAUUUCUUAACGUAAAAUCAUUUCUGGUUGCACAAAAAUUUGGAAUGGAACAGUCAGUAACAAUGGGCUGGAAUGGUUUAGUUCCUUAUCUUAAUGCUUUAAAUCAAGGUACCGUGUAUGAAAUGAAGGAUAUAAACCGCAAGACAAUAGAUGAACGUAAACUUACCAGCAAAAUUGAAAAAAGAAGGUUGGAUCCAAAAGAGUUAAUGAAUCCUCAUAAACGUAAGGCUACCAAAAAAAGCAAAACGCAAGUUACACUGUAA